UGGCAUCAGUUAAUACAGUAUUUCAAUUACAGCGUGUCUAAAGCAGAAUUCCCCUUGGGGCUGGCUUAUCCCACCUAGGACAGCAAUAGGUAGGUAGGAAAGUGAUAGAGGAAUUUAUUUAGGCAGGACAGUAAAAGGUAGGAGAGUGAUAUAAAGUGAUAGGCGAUUCCCAGCAGUGCAUUAUUGCCACACUCGCCCCACUGUAUACACACUGGUUGAAUCAACAUUGUUUCCACGUCAUUUCAAUGAAAUAACGUUGAACCAACAUGGAAUAGACAUUGAAUUGACGUCUGUGCCCAGUGGGAUGAUCUUUGUUACAUCGAGAGUGUGGGACUAUAAGAUUAUAUUUGCAAAAAUAUGAUUCUGAGAUAAUCGACUCUGAGAAAACCCACAUUAAUGCAAAUCAUUUUUUUCCCCCUGCCAUGAAGUUUCCUUUCGUUUCAAACAAAAAUGUAAAAAAAAUCCAAUGGGGGUGAAUAGCCCACUUAUGAUGCCCACUGUAGGUAUGAAUUUACCUUUGGUGUGUAAUGACACGGGCAGGUGCUACACAUUUCAUAGCACAUGACAGUGGGUGUGUUUCAGUGGUAAAGCUAAAGAAAUUGACUGUAGACCAAAGUCAAGGAGUGAAAUUGGGGGAGGUGCAUCUGCGACAGCCUAAAGUCGGACACUGAUGUGGUUUUCCAAAUACAAGGCUCAGAUCAACACGGCAGUGUUUCCAUUGUUUAUAAUGUCAAAAUAAACAUGUCUCCAUCCCCCAUAUCACACACUCACAAACUGAAAUCAUAUCCCACUGGGCACUCACUGGUUGAAUCAACAUAGUUUCUACGUCAUUUCAAUUAAAUUACUUUGAACCAAUGUUGAAUAGACAUUGAAUUGACGUUCGUGCCCAGUGGGAUGUGUGUACAUUGUAGACUCAAUUAGUGAGAUUAGCCUUAAAUAUCACAUUAAUUUGUAUCAACUCUAUGAAUAGCAGCAAAGUUGGUUCCUGAUUCAGUCUUCAGUCAUCUCUUUGUGACAUUUGUUUAGGUCAAACAAACAAAAAAGUAAUGAUAUGUUGACAAUAGAGCAGGGCAUGGCUGUGAUGAUGUUCGUGAAUGUUCGUGAAGAGCAACUGCAGAAACUGGUAGUCAACUGCAGUCACAACUUCAUGACCUUUGAUCACAAGAUUUGUGCUAAGUUCAUGCAGUGGACAUGUAGGCGCAAGUCGGACAAUGCAACACACCUUGAAAGUCGGUGACCAGACUUGACAAAAGUGAUCGGCUCGAACGCGCCCAGUGUCACCCCAGUCUCUCUCUCUCUUUUUUUUCUUCCAGCAGCAGGAAGGCGCAAUCAGGUCGCAUUCUACUCCUCUUCUCAUCCUCGUGAAGAGAAGCUAGAACGACGUGCCGCGCGUGUUUUCUAACCGCACCAUGGUGGGAAUGACGGAAUUGGGGUGCCUUUUCGUCCCGGUGAUGAUGCUGGUGGGGUUCACCUUGCAAGCGGAAAUUAACAACGGGAAAAAGGAGGAGAAAAAGGGGAAUUUCAUGGAAGACGAGCAUUGGCUGUCCACCAUUUCACAGUACAGCCGCAAGAUCAAGCAUUGGAAUCGCUUCAGAGACGAUGACUAUGUGAGGACCUGGGAUGAGAAUCAGGGAGGCUCUAAUGAAAAUGUUGACACCACCAAAGACCCCUGUCAGAAGGUGAAGUGUAGCCGAAACAAGGUGUGUAUCGCCCAGGGAUACCAGAGGGCUGUGUGUGUCAACCGCAAGAAGCUCGAGCACAGACUGAAGCAGCCUGCCCUGAGGUCUCCUGAAGGAGGAUGUCAGCCCUGUCCUUUCUCCUCUGGUCCUGUGUGUGGCUCUGACGGACACAACUACGCCUCCCAGUGUAAACUGGAGCAGCAGGCGUGCCUCACAGGGAAGGAGUUGACUACAAAGUGUUCAGGUCUUUGUCCCUGUCCAACCGCGACCCCAACCAAAGAGACAGAGGUCAAGCAUGAGAGUUGUACAGGGCAGGACCUGUCUGAUCUGGGGGACAGGCUGAAGGAAUGGUUCCAGCUGCUGCAGGGCAACGCCAAGCUGAACAACAACAGCAGGACUGGAGCCAGUAACACAGCAAAGGCUACCUCUGGAUCAGUCCUGGACAGGAGCGUAGUGGUCAGCUGUAAGGACUCUGUAGGCUGGAUGUUCUCUAAGCUGGACACCAACAGUGAUCAGUAUUUGGACCAGGCCGAGCUGGCAGCCAUUAACCUGGACAAGUAUGAGGUCUGCAUCCGACCCUUCUUCAACUCCUGUGACUCCUACAGGGACGGGAAGGUUUCUACAGCCGAGUGGUGCCUCUGCUUCUGGAGACAGAAGCCCCCCUGCCUGGCUGAGCUGGAGAGGAUCCAAGUUCAGGAGGGAGGCAAGAACAAACUAGGCUUGUUUAUCCCUAGCUGUAAUGAGGAUGGAUACUACAGGAAGCUGCAGUGUGAUCAGGCCAGGGGAGAAUGCUGGUGUGUCGACCAACAGGGAGGGGAACUAGCCAGUUCCAGAAUCCAUGGCAACCCCGACUGUGAACGACUUACAGUAAUUCGCAGUGUUGUGUUCGAGAUCACCUAAAGCGAGACCGAGUCUGGGGCAAGACCAAGACUGGGAGGGGGACAAGGGGUCUGAAACUGAAUCAAGACCGAGACCAGAAAACUGCGAGUCCAAUUGAAGACCAUGAUUGUCAU